CCUGUACUUCCCAGACACUGUAUUGUGUAACUGUUGACAAAGAUCCACUGGACUUUCCCGCAUCCAGGGGUCUUCCAUAACAGGCAGCGACGGACCAUCAUUUAGCCCGCGAUACCGAUAACCCAAAAUGCAAGCUGCAAGACGCUGCUGUUCUGUGGGUAACACGCCAAUAGCUGUACGCGCGCCAGGAGUUCGGGUCCCUCGCUUGCAGCUGCGGGUACGCGCGGAACAACAGGCCUCGGGUAACCUGCAGAGCGCCGAUCAGGUUCCCAUUGGCUGCUCACGCUACUCGGUAUCACUGCGGAAGCCGCUCGGAAUCGUGUUGGAGCAGGACGUCAAGAGCGGCAACAUCUUCGUGGUGGAGGUGAAGACGGAGGGCAGUGCGGUGCGGGACGGCAGGGUGCGAGUGGGUGACCAGCUCAUCGCCACCAGCGGUGUCAUCUACACCACGGAAAGCGACUACCAGGGAGCAAUCGUCAAGGGGGGGCAGCAGGUGGUACGGCUGCGGGUGGCAGGGGAGGCCUUCAAGACGGUAUCCGCGGCAAUAGGCUCACAUCCGGGACAAAUGCCGGUGACGCUGGAGUUCCAAAGAUGUGACCCAGGGGUCGGUGUGCGGUCCAUGGGA